AUGGAAAAGUACCACAUCUUGGAGCGUAUCGGAGAAGGUUCCUUCGGCAAGGUCUACCGCGGGCGUCGCAAAUACUCGGGGCACGUUGUCGCACUCAAAUUCGUGUCAAAACAGGGCAAAUCCGUGCGAGAUCUUGAAAAUUUACGACAAGAAAUUCGCAUCCUUCACCAGUCGGACCAUUGCAACAUUAUCGCAAUGAUGGACUCAUUCGAAACAGAUAAAGAGUUCUGUAUGGUGACGGAAUAUGCCCAAGGUGAGCUGUUUCAGGUGAUAAAAGACGAGCGUAGUCUGUCCGAAUGCGAGAUUCGCAGGAUCGCGAUCCAGCUUGUGCAAGCCCUGCACGCGCUUCACUCGAAUAAUAUCAUUCAUCGAGAUAUAAAGCCGCAAAACAUUCUCAUUGGGUCCAAGCAGCAGAUCAAAUUGUGUGAUUUCGGCUUUGCUCGUGCUAUAACAAACGAUGCGAGUUUGGUGAAAUCGAUCAAAGGCACACCACUGUACAUGGCUCCAGAACUGUUGCAGGAGAAGCCGUAUAAUCAUACAGUGGACUUGUGGUCACUGGGUGUGAUUUUGUACGAACUUGCAGUGGGAAAACCUCCAUUCUAUACGGAGAGGAUUGUUUUGCUCAUCCAGAUGAUCGUGCGCGAUGAAGUGGACUACCCGUCAACGAUGUCGGUGGAGCUCCAAAGCUUUUUAAAGGGACUACUGAAUAAAGACCCUGCUAAGAGACUCAAGUGGCCAGAGAUCCUAGAGCAUCCGUUUGUGCAGGAAACGCCAAAGCAACUUGAGACACGGCUUCAGCUUGAGCGACAAGCACAUUCGCUGCCUCGCUUCUCAGCAGAAAACGAGCUGCAUGACGCGUUUAUGGAAGAAUCUGAGGCAAAGAUGAUGUCGUUGCCAAUUUCCAUGCGAAAGCUGUCAAAUGGCUAG